GGCCCAGAUGAGGCUGAAUGGGGAAGCUGUGACCUGUCAGGAAAAAGUAAGAGGAGCUCGCAUAAGUUAAAUGGCAGAAGGGAGGAGGAUGAAUAGGAUAGGGCCUGUCAGCACAAAGUAAGAGGAGCUCGCAUAACUGUUACCAGCAGUGGCCGUGGGGGAAGUGCAAUAAGGAUUUCUUAGAAAUGCACGGGGUUUAAGGGGAGGGGAGAGGGCAGAACUACUUAAAUUCAGUGCGAUUUCCUAAAAGGUUAUCAAUCCGCCUGGUUUCAUUCAAGUCUUUUCAUCACAAAAGAGCCCGAUAAAAAAAGCUGUAGAGAAAGAACCCGUUUCUCCCUGAAAAAAAGUCAUAAAAGAGUAGCGCACUCUUUUGUCUGAGCGGACUGAUGCGAAGCAGGGGUUGCUGUGCGUCCUAUUAAAGCAGUGUCGCAGCGCUUGUGACGUUAGUGAGAGUUCUGAGGCUUACUGUGGGAGCGAGCGAAGAGGCGGAAAGGAACACAGCCCCAUCUGUUUACAAGGUCUAUUACCAGCAGCCCUGCUCGUGUCUGGAUUAAAUAUAACUUGGAGCUGUGCCCCAGUCAUCAAAUAAUAAAUGUAACCAGCUGUAAUACUUUCCAGUUCUUUGCACUUGUAGCCGUAGAGUUAUUGUUGGUACAUGGUGCUGGGCGAGAAACACAAAGAAACAAGACGACCCUCAACUGUGAAGAUUUAUUGAGGCUGUUACAGCUGCAGCACCUGUCAUCAAGCAUUACCCUGAAGCAGCACCCCCCAAAGCACAGGGUCGCAAUAGAUUCAGCCCCCUAAUGUUGCAGCUUGUGCCCUCCCAGUGUGGCUGUGAAAGGGUGGAGACAUUGGCUGUCACAUUUAAAUCUGCACAACAACAUGUUUUGACUUCUGCAUUCUGAAACACUAUGUAUUGUGUAUCCAUGUGCAUUAACAGAGGCAUGGGAGGGUAGGACGAAUAUGAAAUUCUAUCUCUGGUCACCGAGUCAGUAAACUUACACCAGCAUCUUGCAGCAGGAGCACCAGCACUCGCCUGGGACCAAGCCCUUCUCCGUUAAGACUUGCCAGUAAAAUCUAUCUGGGGGUUCUGUGUAAGAAAAUAAACCCAGUUCUUAAUUCUGAAGUUUACCAGCAUCUUCCCUUUACAGCACCCCAAUUACCUUGGUUUUAAGAUUUAUGAGAAAUCAAGAAGAUUAUGGACAUUAUUUAUGCACCGUUUACAUGCCGUUUGUGCUGGUACAGUUAAAGAAUCCUAAUACAAUUCUGACCAAGGAUUUGUAGAUGGAUGACCAUCAUGUUACUGACUUGAGGCAUAAUAACUUUCACCGUCCCAUUGGUGCUCUUCUGGUUUUUAAUGAUCUUCCCCUCAAAUCCAUUGAGUUAAGCACAGCAAUUUAGAGGGGAUGCACAGAAUGGUAGCAUUAACAUUUCUGGUCAAUAUCUACAGUUUCAAAAAAGAAAUAUCCCAAUUAAUUUUGGGGUUGUGGAAGGAGCAAAAGAUAAGCUGCCACGGAAUAAACUGUAAAUUGGAACUUUGAAUGAGCUUUUCUGUGGCUACAACCUGAAGGAUGGAGGUGGUGGGAGAUUUUGAGUACAGCAGAAAGGAUCUUAUUGGCCAUGGGGCGUUUGCUGUCGUCUUUAAAGGGCGUCACAGAAAGAAAACUGACUGGGAGGUGGCAAUUAAAAGCAUCAAUAAAAAAAACCUGUCCAAAUCACAGAUCCUGCUCGGCAAAGAGAUAAAGAUUUUAAAGGAGUUGCAGCAUGAAAAUAUUGUGGCCCUUUACGAUGUCCAGGAAAUGCCUAAUUCUGUUUUCUUGGUUAUGGAGUAUUGCAAUGGUGGAGACUUGGCUGAUUAUUUACAAGCCAAAGGGACGCUGAGUGAAGACACCAUCAGAGUUUUUCUAAAGCAAAUUGCCGCUGCCAUGCGAGUUCUACACAGCAAGGGCAUUAUCCACCGGGACCUAAAACCACAAAAUAUUCUUCUAUCUUAUGCCUCCCGGAAAAAAGCUACCUUCAGUGGUAUCCGAAUCAAAAUUGCGGACUUUGGCUUUGCACGUUAUCUGCAGAGCAAUAUGAUGGCUGCUACAUUAUGUGGAUCCCCAAUGUAUAUGGCUCCUGAAGUUAUAAUGUCACAGCACUAUGAUGCAAAAGCAGACCUGUGGAGCAUUGGCACUGUCAUUUAUCAAUGUCUUGUUGGCAAACCACCCUUUCAGGCUAAUAGUCCACAAGAUUUGAGACUGUUUUAUGAGAAAAAUAAAAAUCUUGUCCCUAGCAUACCAAGAGAAACAUCUGCCUAUCUGUCUGACCUACUUUUGGCAUUACUUCAAAGAAACCAAAAAGACAGACUUGACUUCGAGGGUUUCUUUAUCCAUCCUUUUCUCGAUCAAGUGUCUACAGUGAAAAAGUCCUGUCCAGUACCGGUGCCUACCUCUUCUGGGUCCAGUAUUUCAGGCAGUUCCUGUGGAAGCUCACCAUCUUGCCGUUUUGCCUCGCCACCUUCACUGCCAGACAUGCAGCAUAUCCAGGAAGAAAAUCCGUCUUCCCCACCACUGGGUCCACCAAACUACCUGCAGGUGUCCAAAGACUCCGCCAGCACUAGCAGCAAGAACUCCUCUUGUGAUACAGAUGACUUUGUCCUGGUUCCCCACAACCUAUCAUCUGACCACUCCUAUGAUAUGCCUACAGCAGCAGCUGGCCGGAGAACAUCAUCCAGUGAGUUUCUGAUGUGUGGAGGGCAAUCACCACUGAACACAUCAGGAGGCAUGGGGAAUGUGCAAAAACCUUCUGUUAACACCUUACGUUGUGGUUCUUCAUCUGUGGCUGCCAGACAAGGUCAGCCUCAAGUAUCACCUCGCAGUGAAACUGCUCCCAUCCCUGUCCCAACACAGUUACGGAACUACCAGCGCAUUGAGCAAAAUCUUACCACUACUGCCAGCCCAACAUCUAACCCUCAUGGAUCCCCAAGAUCGGGAGCAGUGCGACGUUCUAAUACUAGCCCCUUGGGCUUUUUAAAGGUUGGAUCUGGUUCACCCAGCUCUGCUGACAUGGUGCAAGCUGUUGGACGCCGCUUGUCCACUGGUUCCUCACGGCCUUACUCUCCUUCACCGCUAGUUGGGACUAUUCCAGAACAGCUCGGACAUUGUUGUUGUGGAUAUGCUCAAGGACACGAAUCAAGAAGCAGAAAUUCUUCUGGGGGUUCUCCAGUUCCACAGUCCCAGUCACCACAAGCCUUGCUGGGAGCCAGGCUGCAGAGUGCCCCAACCCUCACUGAUAUCUAUCAGAAUAAGCAGAAACUGCGAAAACAGCAUUCAGACCCUGUGUGUCCUUCCUACGCCGGACAAGGCUUUGGCCACUCUCCCCAGCCUGCUCGGCCGGUCAGUCUUGGAGCUUCUCCUACAAAGCACAUGGGAUCAUCACCAAGGAGCUCAGAAUGGCUGUACAAAACUCCAUUACCUACAAUUAUCGGAUCUCCAACCAAGGCAACUGCUCAAUUCAAGAUCCCUAAAACGCAGGCAUCUUCGAAUCUGCUAGCACUGGUUAAUCGUCAGGGUCCUGUAGACACUUCUGUGCCAGCAAAAGGUACAUUAGAAGCAAGAGAGUUUUCCCAGUUUGUCUGCACUUAUGGAACAGAAAAGCAGAAACCACUUGAACACGGCAAAGCCACAUUUGGAAGAUCUGUAAGUGCUGGAAGGCUUUCAGAUCAGAGCGGGAGAGCUACUCUAGGAGGACAGCAUUAUCAGGGCAGCACAGACAGUCUCAACGCAGAACGCCCAAUGGAUACAGUUCCUGCAGGUGCAAGCGGAACUGCACUGACUGUGCCCUCUGUGGGAAGCAGAGGAGUUAUGUUCACUGUUGGAUCUCCUCCUAACAGUUCUACUCCUCCAACCUGCACCCACAUGAUGAUGAGGACAAGAACUACUUCAGUUGGAUCAAACAGCUCUGGGGGCUCUCUCUGCUCCAUAAGUGGUCGUGUGCUCAUGGGCUCUCCAUCUACUUUUAAUAUGGGCUCCUCUCCCCCUGGAGCAGAUGCAGCUCCAAACCUGAAAUACAUGUCCUAUGGCACAUCACCACCCAGCUUGGAAGACUUUAUCACGUUUGAGGCCCCAGAACUUCCUGAAGAAACUUUAAUGGAGAGAGAACAUACAGACACACUCCGCCACCUGAACCUCAUGCUGAUGUUCACAGAAUGUGUAAUAGAACUGACAGCAACCAGGGGAGGGAACCCUGAGCUUUGCACCUCUGCUGUGUCCCUUUAUCAGAUUCAGGAGAGUGUUGUGGUUGAUCAAAUAAGUCAGCUGAGUAAAGAAUGGGGACAAGUGGAGCAGUUGGUGCUAUAUAUGAAAGCUGCACAGUUCUUAGCAUCAUCUCUACAACUUGCCAAAUCCCAAAUAAGAGCUGGAAAACUGACUCCUUCUAGCACUGUUAAACAAGUUGUGAAGAGUAUGAAUGAGCGGUAUAAGUUUUGUAUCAGCAUGUGCAAGAAGAUGACUGAUCAGCUGAACCGCUUCUUCUCAGACAAGCAGACAUUUGUGGAUGAGAUUAACAGUGUCACAGCAGAGAAACUGAUCUACAGCUGUGCAGUAGAAAUGGUACAAACUGCAGCACUGGAUGAGAUGUUUCAUCAGACAGAAGAUAUUGCAUAUCGUUAUCACAAAGCAGCGCUGCUUUUAGAAGGCUUAACAAAAAUCCUACAGAGCCCAGCAGACAUAGAAAAUGUGCACAAAUAUAAAGCCAAUGUGGAAAGCCGUCUGUCUGCACUCUGCUAUGGGACUGUAGCUGUGUAUGAGUAGUAACAAUAUCAUCUGGACCACAGGACUAUAAAUAAAACAAGGGACCACUUUGUUAUACUGUACUGCUACUACUAGUUGCACAGUCUUGAGAUGACGUCAAAAGGACCCAGACUACAGCACUCAAUGCUUCUCAAGGAAAAUAAAGUGGAGUAGUGAAAAUCAACAUUGUACAACAUACCCAGGAAAGCUGCCUUAUAUUAGACACUCCUCAUCUGUCCUUGCAGGAAGAAUAUAUGCCUUCAGCAUAAAAAUAGGAUGGGAGGAAACAUGUACAGAAAUUAACUAACAUGGAUAUCUUGCAAGGCUCUUUUUAAUAUUAAAAGACAAUUAGGAGCAAUAGUGGAUGCCCCCAGUAGCAAACCUUUUGGCAAACACUGACUCAGUAAUCCAAGUGGCAAGCCACAGGCAGAUUUAUGUUUCUUUAAAUUACUUUUUUUUUUCUAAAGAUUUUCACUAUAAUGUGUAAAUCUGAAAGAAGCAUUCAAGUUAUCAAAUAAAUAAAGCACUUUAUGUUGAGUAGGAACUGAGUAAAAAAAAUCCAGCAGCUAUGUGACAUGUUUCAUUUAUUUUACAGUCAUUUCUGACAUGGCUACCAAACGUUCUACAUUCAAACUAAUUUAUUUUGCACUAAUUUCUUACGACUGUAAAUUAUAAUCUUAUCCAUAUUAAAAAAAAAGGCACAAUGGACUUACAGAGAAGUUAUUGUAUUGUAUGCAUCAAAAUCAUCUUUGAUAUGUAAUAUGUAUCUUCCUAAAAACUCCACAGACUACAAACCAAUGUACCUGCUACCCUUUUUAUACCCAUUUUACUACUUACUUCAGAUCUGUUUUCUCUGACAUUUAUUUGAUGUUAUUGUUUUGCUGUUUAUUGCUUUCUAUACAAGUAGAGUGUUGUGCAUGUGCUCCUUUGAACUCUUCUGGGUGUUAAAGCUAAUCGUAAAUGUGUUUCAUGGACAGUGUUAGAGGAGGAAAACUGUACUGUCAGUUUGUUUGUGGAUCUACUAACAUAGUGCAAUAGGUGUUAGAGAAUUAGAACUUCUGUUAUACAACUGAUUUACAUUUACAGUAGAUUGGCCUGCCAACUCGGAUAAACAACACACAAGAUAUACGGAUUGAAUGCAAGGGGGUCAUAGCUGUAGCUGCCAUGUUUCAUGCAAUAGCAGAAAACCUGGCUGCUGGGAUGCCAUUUUUUAGAAGGUAGUAUUUAUAAUAACAAAACCAGUGGUGCUACUUACCUGCAUAAUGUGUUAUGUGAUACACUUUGCUUUGCGCUGUGGCUCUUCCAGUAUAGCUUUAAACAUAUUUUUUGUGUGUAAUUAAUCAUUUUAAAAUUGCAUUGCUAGCGCAGAAGAAUUUUUGUCAGUGCUAAGCUUUUAUUUCCCAUAAACUUUUAGUAGUCUCUGUACAUUAUAAAUGUCACUGAGCUAUCAUUGCUAUCUUUGUUAGGAAUUGGGUGUAUGUGUGUGUGUGUGUGUGUGUGUUUCAAAUAUAAUACAAGGUGUUAAAUAGGUGAGUAUGAAUAGCCAACCCUUGUUACUUGUUACUCUACUGCCAGAGCUGACGUGAGACAUGCUGGAUUUUGUACUUUGCUAAUACAACAUCUGGAGAAACAAAGGUUGCCUGCUGCUGAGACAUACAAACAGUAGCUGAAUAGUUACCUGCUGGUGGGGGGAGUAAUGGGAUAUAUAUUGUAAUCUGUGACAAAAGAUAAAGGGGGAUUCACCGUAAAGUUAACUUUUGGUAUGCUGUAGAAUGGUCAAUUGUAUGCAAAAUUGGUCUUCAUUAUUAAUUUUUUAUAGUUUUUGAAUUAUUUGCCCUUUUCUUCUGACUCUUUCCAGCUUUCAAAUGGGCAUCGCUGAUCCCAUCUAAAAAGCAAAUGCUAUAUAAGGCUACACAUUUAUUGUUAUUGCCAAGUUUUAUUUCUCAUCUUUUUGAAAAGAUCCUCUCCUAUUCAUAUUCCAGUUCUGUUCAAAUCAGUGCAUGAUUGCUAGGGUAAUCUGGACCCUAGCAACCAGAUGGCUGAAAUUGCAAACUGGAGAGCUGCUGAAUAAAAAGCUAAAUAACUCAAAAACCACAAAUAAUAAAAAAUUAAAACCAAUAGCAAAUUGUCUCAAAAUAUCACUCUCUACAUCAUACUAAAAGUGAAAGUACAUUCUGUAUCCUGUACAUUCGUUCAGAAGUGAUGAGGGGUGCCUGCUGUUUGGGGUUGAGAGGGAAGAUUUGUACCGUACCACACUUCUGCAUCAACAUUCUGCAGUGGCUACGAUUGCCUGCUGACAGGGGCAUAGACAGAGUUGAACAGCAGAUGGCAGCAGUUCUAGUGACUACUGAUUUAUCCAUCCUAUAAUGUACCAUCUGAAAGGGCACUGCUGUUUUAAACACAAAUUAUUGCUUACUGUCAGCCAGAAUAACAGGUCAAAUAUUUACUUUUUUAGGAUCUGACUUCUCUAAUAUUGUACAGUACUAGCAAAUAAUCCUGGAGGCCCUUUCUGUACUUUACCUUUGGAGUAAAAAAAAAAAAAAACACAUUUCCAUCUGAAAGCUCAGCAGCACGUCUGGAAUAGCUUGCUUGUUUUUUACGUUUUGUCAUGCAUUUUUGUAUUUGUUUCUUACAUAUUUAAUACUUGAAUGCACCAAUUUUUGUUUCAGGAAUCUUCUUAUAAUCCCACCUCCCAUACUGCUGCCAGAAUUGGCAAGGAAAUAACACAAUUACACAACUGCAAAUCAUUAAUCAUUUCAUUUUAAUGUUCAGAAGCAAUGUGGUUUUAAUAUACUUGACAGACAUUUUUAUGUUAUUUAUCAAAGAUUCUGCCAAUUAAUUUGAGUGUUUAUUUAUAUACUCGCUUGUGAUAUAUAUAUAUAUAUAUAUAUAUAUAUAUAUAUAUAUAUAUAUAUAUAUAAUACACACACACACACACACACACAAAUGCAUAUAUAUGCAUUACUUGGUCUUUAAUACCAUGUUUCUACCUCCUGUUUGUAAACUGCAUGCAUUAUUCUUGACGCUAGUUAACAACUCACUGAACUGUUGUAAAGUAGCCUUUUUAUUAUGGCUUGUAUAAAUGUACAUUAAGAAUAAAUAAAACCAACAGAAAACCUCA